CCCGCCCACUUCCAACUACCGCCUCCGGCCAGCCCAGGGAGAGAGAGAGAGAGGGAGAGGGAGUGGAGCGGAGAGGGAGAGAGCGAGAGAGCGCGCGCGGGAGAGGGAGGGAGGGAGGGGACGGUGCCUUCGCAGACUUUUUUUUUUAAGAGGGUGGGGGUGGGGGCUGAUUGCCGGUCGUUUGUUGUGGCUGUUAAAUUUUAAACUGCCAUGCACUCGGCUUCCAGUAUGCUGGGAGCCGUGAAGAUGGAAGGGCACGAGCCGUCCGACUGGAGCAGCUACUACGCCGAGCCAGAGGGCUACUCCUCGGUGAGCAACAUGAACGCCGCGGGCCUGGGGAUGAACGGCAUGAAUACGUACAUGAGCAUGUCGGCGGCCGCCAUGGGCAGCGGCUCCGGCAACAUGAGCGCGGGUUCCAUGAACAUGUCUUCGUACGUGGGCGCAGGCAUGAGCCCGUCUCUAGCGGGCAUGUCCCCCGGCGCGGGCGCCAUGGCGGGCAUGGGCGGCUCGGCUGGAGCAGCUGGCGUGGCGGGCAUGGGACCGCACCUGAGUCCGAGCCUGAGCCCGCUGGGCGGGCAGGCGGCGGGGGCCAUGGGUGGUCUGGCCCCUUACGCCAACAUGAACUCCAUGAGCCCCAUGUACGGGCAGGCGGGUCUGAGCCGCGCGCGCGACCCCAAGACGUACCGGCGCAGCUACACGCACGCCAAGCCACCGUACUCGUACAUCUCCCUCAUCACCAUGGCCAUCCAGCAGAGCCCCAAUAAGAUGCUGACGCUGAGCGAGAUCUACCAGUGGAUCAUGGACCUCUUUCCUUUCUAUCGGCAAAACCAGCAGCGCUGGCAGAACUCCAUCCGCCACUCGCUCUCCUUCAACGACUGCUUCCUCAAGGUGCCCCGCUCGCCCGACAAGCCCGGUAAGGGCUCCUUCUGGACCCUGCACCCCGAUUCCGGCAACAUGUUCGAGAAUGGCUGCUACCUGCGCCGCCAGAAGCGCUUCAAGUGUGAGAAGCAGCUGGCGCUGAAGGAGGCUGCUGGCGCAGGGGGCGGUGGCAAGAAGGCCAUGGCCGGGACUCCAGCCUCCCAGGCUCAGCUCGGGGAGGCGGCCGGAUCAGCCUCGGAGACUCCCGCGGGCACUGAGUCACCUCACUCGAGCGCCUCCCCGUGCCAGGAGCACAAGCGAGGGGGUCUGGGGGAGCUGAAGGGGGCGCCCGCCGCGGCACUGAGUCCCCCGGAGCCAGCGCCCUCGCCCGGGCAGCAGCAGCAGCAGGCUGCAGCCCACCUGCUGGGCCCGCCCCACCACCCUGGCCUGCCGCCCGAGGCCCACCUCAAGCCCGAGCACCACUACGCCUUCAACCAUCCCUUCUCCAUCAACAACCUCAUGUCCUCCGAGCAGCAACACCACCACAGUCACCACCACCACCAGUCCCAUAAAAUGGACCUCAAGGCGUAUGAACAGGUGAUGCACUAUCCUGGCUAUGGCUCUCCGAUGCCGGGCAGUUUGGCCAUGGGCCCUGUCACGAACAAAGGGGGCCUGGACGCCUCGCCACUGGCCGCAGACACCUCCUACUACCAGGGAGUGUACUCCCGGCCCAUUAUGAACUCCUCUUAAGAAGGCUUCAGGACCUGCUAGCCCUAGCAGCCGGGGUCGUGGAGAGAAGACACUGGUAGAGACACUAUGGGCAGGGGGUGUUAGAAAGCUGCAGAAGAGAAGAAAUCCAUUCCAUCUCCACACCCCCAGAGAGCAAUCUCCCACAACCUCUGCAACCCUUCUAUCCCAAACAGGCCACACAAGGGGUAUCCUGUGAUGUCAUUCUAAUAAAUAAGAGAAAGGGGGGAGGGUUAUAAAGGUUUUUUUUUUAAGUCUCCAGUUUCCACUUCGAUGUAGACAGACUCCUGCAUCUUAAAGCACCUGAAAAUUCUGAUUUUUUUUCAUUGUUGUUGUUCUCCAUUGCUGUCAUUGCAGGGAAAUCUUACUUAAAAAAAAAAAAACUUUUGUGAGUGACUUGGUGUAAAACCAUGUAGUUUUUAACCAGAAUCCAGAGGGUUGUAUUAUUGUUCAAAAAGAGGAAACACAGUAAUGUAAGGGUCUGUUGCAAAUGACCAAGAAAAAAAAAAGAAAAACUCAUUCCCAUUAUCGACAAGGUGAAAUCCAAGUCUUGGGUCUGAUUAAUUUAUGGUUUUUGCGUGCUUUAUUUAUGGCUUAUAAAUGUGUAGUCUGGCUACAAGGGCCAGAGUUCCACAAAUCUAUAUUAAAGUGUUAUUGCCGGUUUUAUCCUUUGACUCUU